CUAAAAUCCUAACCGAGAGAGCGAGAGCGAAAGAGACGGAAGAUGCGCAUUUAGCGCAAUUUAAAGAGUUCGAGCUCCUGCGCGCGACCGGCGCGACUUUUCGUGUACGAACUUGUUCAGGGCGAAAGUCGUUACAGGCAGUCGGAUUUGAACGCUAAACGGAGCCGUACGCCGGGAGCGCGGUGCGUUAUUUACGUGCAGUACACUGUAUAUAAGUAUUUGAAUCAUCGAUAUUCUGCAUAAACUGUAAAGUUCUUUCGUAAUUGUGAUAUUAUUUCUGCAUAAAUACGUUUCAAUAUCUUAUAUUAACUUAUUUGAAGCAACUGUUAGUGAAAACGGAGCAGUGGUAUCGUCUCGAAUUCAUCGAUACAACACUGUGUGCCCUGUGGGUAGUUUUGUUAUUUUGAGAUCGUUUAAGUACUUUAAUUGAAGAAGAUGAGUCAAUUUCAAGUCCUUUACAAACGAAAAAUUGUACCUCCAACAUUGAAGGAAAAUUUGGACAUCGAACGACGGUGUAAUUGUUUGGAGUUCCGAAGAACAAAAAGGAGUCAAGCUUUUGAUUCUAGGAGGGGAUUUGUUUUUGAAGACCCAGAGCCUUUGGAGCCUGUUAAAACAAAAGUGAAUCCAUCAGUUCGCAAGAAUAAACUGCACAAAUACACAACAAAGAAAGUAGCUGUCAAGAAGCAGCCACCUCCAUUUCUUGUUGGAAAAGUGAGACACAAAAUUCAUUCUCCGCCCUUUUUACAUGGACCAAACGUUGCUACAGAGCCCAAAAAGAGAAUCCCAUUGACUCCAAUACAAUCAUUUGCUCCUAAGAACUAUAAAUUCAAAGCAAAUUACAUUUCAAAGGCACCUGUAAUGGCAAUGACUACAACACCUUCGAAAUUAAAUAAUUCACCAUUUACUCUUGAGAGUAUAUUAAAUAAAAAUAAAAAUGCAAAAAGUAACAACAAGGAUAAAGAGAAUUACUUUAAAAAUGUAACAGUACGGUCUCAAAGGAGGAGGGAACUAAAAGAUUCACCAACUACAAUGAAUCAACUGGUUCCAGGAAAACCAGUUUUUGUUUUUGGAAGAAGAAAUUUAGAAGAAGAGUUCAAAAAAUUAAGCAAAAAUCCAACAAAGGAUUCCAUAAAUUUUGAAAUGAAAACAGUAAAAGAAAGUCAAAGCAGUGCUAAAAAAGAAAAUGUAUUCAAUAUGUUCAAUAAUGUCGGAAAAUUAUCGACAAAAAUGGCCAAAGUAUUUUCAUUUGAAACUGAAACAAUAAGAUUGAUGAACACAGAACAUCAGAACCAUGAAGAUAAAUCACAAAUGCUUUCUCCAAAUUUGUCAGCCAUCAUUUAUAGUCCUACUGAUUCAACACCUAUAUAUUCUAAUAAGUGUCACAUAAAUGUGUAUACUUCACCCCAGACUGAGAAGAAAGAUCUGGCUGAAAAAGGAUCCGAUAAUGAGGAUUUAAAUUCAGAUAGUACAUCACCAACUUUAAAUCAAACAGCAAUUGACUUAGAUUCUACUGUGAAUUCUGCAAGCAAUCAACAAAUCAGUCCCGCAAAAAACCAUCAAGAAUAUUCACCAAAAUUACCUGAUAUUACCAGUCCAACUGUUAUUUCAAAUAAAGAAUCGGAUAAUAAGAGCGACUUGGAAGAUAAUCAAUAUAAAGCGAUGUCACGAUCGGUUGAAAAUAAAACUGAAAAUCAUCCAUGCCAACCUGAUUUAAUAGAGUUAAAUCUGCUGGAAAAAAUUUCGAAGACAUCGAUGUCUGACGUGCCGGUUUCAGAGGAUAACGUUAACUUGGUAGUUAGUGCAAGUAUAGAAACCAACUCGUCCGAUUUUAACCAGCCGCAUAAAGAUGUUGAAGUAAGUGGACUUGAUUCAUUGUCCCGAUUGUCCUUAUCAUAUCCGGAAAAGCGCGAAAACAUGGGUAUUUUAAGACAAUCGUCACAAACACAACAUCAAGAAUCUAACAAUGUGGCCAAUGAGCAGAUCGAAAUUUUGAAGACAUCGAUGUCUGACGUGCUGGUUUCAGAGGAUAACGUUAACUUGGUAGUUAGUGCAAGUAUAGAAACCAACUUGUCCGAUUUUAACCAGCCGCAUAAAGAUGUUGAAGUAAGUGGACUUGAUUCAUUGUCCCGAUUGUCAUUAUCAUCUCCAGAAAAGCGGAAAAGCACGGGCAUUAUAAGCCAAUCGCCACAAACUCAAAUUCAAGCAUGUGACAAUGUGGUCAAUGUGCAGAACGAAAUUUUGAAGACAUCGGUGACUGACAUGCCGAUUUUAGAGGAUAACGAUAACUUGGUAGUUAGUGCAAGUAUAGAAACCAACUCGUCCGAUGUAAAUCAGCCGCACGAAGAUGUCGAAGAAAAUGAACUUAAUUCAUUGUCCCGAUUGUCCUUAUCAUCUCCAGAAAAACGCGAAAACAUGGGUAUUUUAAGACGUUCGUCACAAACACAACAUCAAGAAUCUAACAAUGUGGCCAAUGAGCAGAUCGAAAUUUUGAAGACAUCGAUGUCUGACUUGCCGGUUUCAGAGGAUAACGUUAACUUGGUAGUUAGUGCAAGUAUAGAAACCAACUUGUCCGAUUUUAACCAGCCGCAUAAAGAUGUUGAAGUAAGUGGACUUGAUUCAUUGUCCCGAUUGUCAUUAUCAUCUCCAGAAAAGCGGAAAAGCACGGGCAUUAUAAGCCAAUCGCCACAAACUCAAAUUCAAGCAUGUGACAAUGUGGCCAAUGUGCAGAACGAAAUUUUGAAGACAUCGGUGACUGACAUGCCGAUUUUAGAGGAUAACGAUAACUUGGUAGUUAGUGCAAGUAUAGAAACCAACUCGUCCGAUGUAAAUCAGCCGCACGAAGAUGUCGAAGAAAAUGAACUUGAUUCAUUGUCCCGAUUGUCCUUAUCAUCUCCAGAAAAACGCGAAAACAUGGGAAUUUUAAGACGUUCGUCACAAACACAACAUCAAGAAUCUAACAAUGUGGCCAAUGAGCAGAUCGAAAUUUUGAAGACAUCGAUGUCUGACUUGCCGGUUUCAGAGGAUAACGUUAACUUGGUAGUUAGUGCAAGUAUAGAAACCAACUUGUCCGAUUUUAAACAGCCGCAUAAAGAUGUUGAAGUAAGUGGACUUGAUUCAUUGUCCCGAUUGUCAUUAUCAUCUCCAGAAAAGCGGAAAAGCACGGGCAUUAUAAGCCAAUCGCCACAAACUCAAAUUCAAGCAUGUGACAAUGUGGCCAAUGUGCAGAACGAAAUUUUGAAGACAUCGGUGACUGGCAUCCCGAUUUUAGAGGAUAACGAUAACUUGGUAGUUAGUGCAAGUAUAGAAACCAACUCGUCCGAUUUUAACCAGCCGCAUAAAGAUGUUGAAGUAAGUGGACUUGAUUCAUUGUCCCGAUUGUCCUUAUCAUAUCCGGAAAAGCGCGAAUAUGUCGAUAUCUCACCACAAACACCACUUGCACAUCUGCGCGCAUCUCACAAUGCGUCUAGUAUACAGGAUGUGAACGUGAAUAUAAGAAAGUCUGACGAGUUAACUACGUUUGAUACUACUAGAUUGUCAUUUAGUUUUAAAAACAUGGCAAAUGAAACGUCUUCUAAACAGUCACAUAAGAAAGUAGCUAAAACAACUAGUGAAAAUAAUGUUUUAUCUCAGUUAUCCAUGAGCUCUUUGGAAAAUAAGAAGAAUGGAACUAAUUUGCCAAAAUCAUCCAAAUUCGAAACACGCACAUGCGAAGAAAAUAAAUCAAUUGACGAAAAAAUGCCAAAUUUGUCGCAUGGGUCUCCACGAUUACCGAGGAGCGUAAAAGCUGUUUCCUCACAUGCACAAUUACUUGAGCAAAGUCCAGUAAGGGUAUUGCGUGGAAGAAUAAUUGAUGUAACGCCAUCGCCACAAAGAACGCCAAAGAAACGAAAUGUAACUCCAUGUAAGUCUCCGUAUUCUUUGUUAUCUUCGAAAGUUUAUUCACCAAAACACUUAGCGAUUAGUCCUUUAAAAGUUUUAAAUCUUCGUAAUCGAGACAUUGCUGUGACACCUUCACCAACCAAAUUAACACCGAGAAAGUUACGAAAACCACAUACAGAUGUGCAAGAGAUUGAUGAGGAUGAUUCACCAAUAGUUUUAUCUAUUAAUAAAACUACAAAGUGUAAAAGUCUUACUUCGCCUCAAAUGGAAAGCCUCAUAUCUGUAGAGAAAAAUUCGACUUCAAAGCCAGAAGGAAAUUCUCCUUCAAAGCAGAUUAAUACGCAGAUCCCUUUUUCCAAAAACAGUUCGCAGGUCGAAAAUGUUGCGUCAAUGAUAAAAAUGAAUAAUAAGGACUUGCACGCAGGCACUGCAAGUGCUCAUUCUGUGGUUGCAUCUCCGCUAAUUAUUAGUCUGGUAGAGUCACCAAUUAAGAAGGAACCAAUGAGUAAACCGUUGAUAAAAUAUAUCUCUUCUACUGUAGAAGACGAAUCAACCGUGCAAACAAUAGAUUUGGUGUCAUCAGAUGAUGAGGACGAGCCUUCAACGUUGUUAAAAAAUAUUUUACAAAAAUAUUCUUCUAUAAACACCCCAUCUCCAAAAUCUAAAGGCAAAAGUUUAACACCCACCCAAAAAGUUCCAGUUGAUGAGGAGGAACACUCUACAUUUUUGAGUAAUAUUUUAAAGAAAUAUUCCUCGGUAAACACUCCAUCUCCGAAAUCAAAAGACAGAAGCGUAUUAGCACCUAUUGGAAACCUUCCGAUAAUACGUAUAUCGCCUAGUAGAUCACCAUGCUUACGGGAAGUACCCUCACCGCAAAAAAUUGGUAGCAGUCCUUUGAGAACGCUAGCUCUUCGUAGACGAUUAGUUGAUUUAACACCAUCGCCCAAGAAGACACCAAAAAAGAAGAUAAAUGUUACUCCAUGUAAGUCACCGCGCCCUGCUCUGCAUUUUACGAAAGAAAGUUCACCACAGCAAAUUGAAAGUCCUCUCAGAGUCUUAUGUCUUCGGAAACGAGAUGUUGCCGUAACGCCAUCACCGAAGAAAUCAACACCAAGAGGAAGAAAAAAAUGAUGUUAAAUAAUUGCAGUGUCUGAAAACGACUGGCUAUUAAAUUGUACAUAUAAAUCUACGUUUUUAAAUAAUUAGACUGAUUAUUUUAUCUUUUUAACUCUAAAUAAAUUUUCGAUCGUUAUUUGUGAUAUAGUUUAACAAAAAAGAAGUAAAAAAUAGUUUUAUAAAAAAAAAAUAAUAAAUAUAAAGAUUAUUAAAAUAAAAAAUACUUUUUA